AUGCGUAGCGUCUCCAGCCUCCUCAACUGGCUUGACCUCCCAGGUGUGAUCUACGCCCUCGCCUGCAAGGAUCCAACUCUGUGCAAAAGGCUGAUGCGAGUGCAGUCUGAAGUCGGGAUUACCGCGCUUGCCGUCCGGCAGCCAGACAUGGAGGCGGAAAAGCUCAUCGAUACUGCCGUCGUUGACGAGGCUGCAUAA